AUGCAACAUCUUCUCUCUCAUUUUUAUCAUCUACUUGACAAAUGCAAUGAUUUUCUUUCUCAUUGCUAUCUUCUUGAAAAAUGCAACAUCUUCUCUCCAUUUAUCAUCUUCUUGACAAAUGCAAUCAUUUUCUCUCUCAUUGCUAUUUACUUGAAAAAAUGCAACAUCUUCUCUCCAUUUUUAUCAUCUAUUGACAAAUGCAAUGAUUUUCUCUCUCAUUGCUAUCUUCUUUUAAAAAAUGCAACAUCUUCUCUCCAUUUUAUCAUCUACUUGACAAAUGCAAUGAUUUUCUCUCAUUGCUAUCUUCUUGAAAAAUGCAACAUUUCUCUCUCCAUUUUUAUCAUCUACUUGACAAAUGCAAUGAUUUUCUCUCUCUUUGCUAUCUUCUUGAAAAAUGCAACAUCUUCUCUCUCCAUUUUUCAAAUCAUCUAUAGAUUUGACAAAUGCAAAUGA